CCGAGCCACUUCCUGGGAUCUGAAAAACAAAAACACAGUGUCAGUGGAAGCUUUCACUGGGAGCCGAACCUGUCCGUGGCCCGCCCGCCGCAGCCUCCUCCUCCUCCUCCUCAUCAUCAUCAUCAUCAUGCUGAUGAAAACAUGUUGCAUUUACUGCAUCGGAGUGUUUUCUAUGCUGUUUCUGAUCGCCGGCAUUUCUUUGGUCCUGUCCAACGUGUUUCCACGUCUCGUGCAGUCGAUGGUGAAAAGGGAAGUCGUUUUGGAGAAUGGCACAGAGGCUUUUGAGGCAUGGGAGAAUCCACCGGCACCGAUCUACAUGCAGUUUUACUUCUUCAAUCUGACCAAUCCCCUAGAGGUGCUGGAUGGGGACAGGCCGGCUGUGGUGGAGAUUGGUCCAUAUACAUACAGGGAGUACCGACCUAUGGAACAAGUGAGCUUCAAUGAUAAUGGCACUAAAGUAACAGCGGUCAACACUAAAACCUACAUAUUCCAGCGUGACAUGUCCCGCGGUCCAGAGAGUGACCUCAUCAGGACAGUCAACAUUCCUGCCCUGACGGUAAUGGAGCAAUUCAAGGACUCGUCUUUAGAGGCCAACCUGAUCUCCUCCUACAUGAGGGCCGCUGACGAAGGCCUGUUCACCACCCGCACCGUGGGCGAGCUGCUGUGGGGAUAUGAAGACGCCCUGCUCAAAGCCCUGAAAACCUUUAAGCCUGACCUGGACGAUGUUUUCGGACUCUUCUAUAAGACCAAUGCCUCCAAUGAUGGUGAAUAUCUUUUCUUCACUGGCCAGCAAAACUACAAGGACUUUGCUAGAGUGGAUACCUGGAACGGGCAAAGUUCGUUGGAUUGGUGGACAUCUGAUGAGUGCAACAUGAUCAAUGGAACCAAUGGAGCAUCUUUCCACCCAGUCAUCACGAAGAGUGAGGCUCUCUACAUGUUCACCUCUGACCUGUGCAGGUCUCUGUACGCGCUGUAUGAGAAGGAUGUGACAGUGAAGGGGCUCGCUGGGUAUCGCUUUGUUCCUCCCAGCGAGGUGUUUGCCAAUAUGACUGUGAACCCAGCAAACGCAGGCUUCUGUGUCCCUGCUGGAAAUUGCCUCGGCUCUGGCUUGCUGAAUGUCAGUCCGUGUAAACAAGGAGCUCCCAUCAUAAUGUCUUCACCACACUUCUACCAGGCAGAUGAGAAAUAUGUUAAGGAUGUAUUCGGCAUGGCGCCUAAAAAAGAGCUACACGAGACGACCAUCGAUAUCAAUCCGCUAACCGGGAUCAUUUUGCAAGCAGCAAAGCGGCUCCAGGUCAAUGUCUAUGUGGAGAAGAUUCCCACCUUCAGUCAAACAGGAAACGUGAGGACAGUGGUCUUGCCUGUGGUUUACCUAAAUGAGAGCGUCAUCAUUGACGACGUGUCAGUCGUGAAGCUGCGAACGAUUGCGGUCGAGCAGAAUGUUGUGGUGAACAUUCCGUUUAUGCUGAUUGGUCUCGGCAUAAUUCUGGGUGGAGUCUUCAUGUUCCUGAUGUGUCGACUCAAGGUUCCUGAGAGCACUGCUGCUGAGCGUCAGCCACUGCUCUCAUCGUAGCACCCAGCGCGAUGUGAAAAGAAGACGACUGCCACGAUUGCAGUGUAAUUCAACAUUUUAAAGGUUCAACGGCUCUGCAGUUUUUACCAUUAACCACCAAGCAACAGUACAGCUUCCACUGUAAACUGGAAUGCUACCACUUAAUCUGCUUUUUUUACCUAAUGGUUCUAAGAAACAAAGUGAAUUAUUUUAUGUCGUUUGUUAGAGGUUUUGAUCUAAUGUGUCAUGAUGUCGUAUCAUCCGAAUCAAAUCUCCUGCAAAAUCCAAUUUAGAUUGUAGAACCUUCUGGAGAUUCAGCUCAGAACUAAUCUAAACAUUUCUUUGAAAGAGUGGGACAAGUGUCAUUUUUAAAAAUCUGGUCCAUAUUGUUUAUGAAGUGGCUGAUAGUCAGGAUUAAUAUUGCUCUGGGGACGUUGCUGAGGCUGCUGGAAUCAGAAAUUGAAGAGACCACUUCUGAAUUGUCUAAGCAAAGUGAAAAGGAAAGUCGAGCUGUGCAAGAGGACUGCUGGCAGAAUGUGAUCUCUGUGGAGUCAGAAAAUGGUUCUCAUGAUAAUUUGAUAUUCAAGGAGUUUGAUGUUUGGAGAAUAUUUUGUUAAAAAAAAACCUCACUCAGGUGCAUCUGCAGCGCUGAAGCUAUUGUGAAUCAGAUCAGUUUCAUUUCAAAACCACGUUCUCUGUCGUAGCUUUCAGUGAAAACACAGUACUGAACAGUGCAUGUUGAAUUAAAGCCAAGUAGUAUUACUUCAACAGUAGCUGUAAAGAAAAGGUUUAUUGUGCCAACCAUGGCCCUUCUCAUCAUUCAACAGUUAACUAAUUCUAAUGUGUUGGCAUGAAUGUGUGAUUUUUAAUUCCUAAUGAUAUUAUAUCAAAGUCAGUGUAUUAACUGCUUCAUGCUAGAGACGCUACUGAUAAAUGUUUGCCCAAUAAACAAUGUUUUGUAUAUAUUUGUUAAACCACUAAGGAUGGUCUACGGUUUUAGCCCUUAAAUUCUGCACUUUAAAACAAUUUUAUCAGAUGGUUGUUACUUUGCGUAGAGUUUUAUUUGGCCAUUUCUCAACUAAGAAGAAUGUCGAUAUUAUCAUGAACCAUUUUUAACCACUGUUUCACACACAUCGCUGACGAGCUGUCUCGUGUGAAUUUUGUUGUCCGUUUUAUAUGUAAAAUAUAAUAUUGUUUGAACAACUACACCUACAUAGUUAAAUAAAUAUGUAAUCACAGUUUACAUACUCUGUCUGAAUAGGUCACAUAUAUAACAGUUUGCACAUUGUCUUGUCAUAACAUCAAUAAACUGUGUGGCUCAUGCUC